AUGGCGCAGAAAGGAGUUCAUCUGGACCGUGAGUCUUUCUCUUGUUCCAUCUGUUUGGAUCUUCUGAAGGAUCCGGUGACUGUUUCCUGUGGACACAGCUUCUGCAUGAGCUGUAUUCAAUCCUACUGGGAUACUGAGGAUGAGAAGAAGAUCUACAGCUGUCCUCAGUGCAGAGAGACUUUCACACCGAGGCCUGUCCCAAUAAAAAACACCAUGUUAGCAGGUUUAGUGGAGGAAGUGAAGAAGAGCGGACUCCAAGCUGCUCCUGAUGGUUCCUCUGAGGCUGGACCUGAAGAUGUGGCCUGUGACGUCUGCAGUGGGAGAAAACUGAAAGCUGUCAAGUCCUGUCUUCAAUGUCUGGCUUCUUACUGUCAGAUUCACCUCCAGCCUCAUUUUGAAUCUCCUACAUUUAAGAAACACAAGCUGGUGGAGCCCUCCAAGAAGCUUCAGGAGAACAUCUGCUCUCGUCAUGAUAAGAUGAUGAAGAUCUUCUGCCGCACUGAUCAACAGUCUAUCUGUUCUCUCUGCUGUUUGGACCAACACAAAGGCCACGACACAGUCUCAGCUGCAGCAGAAAGGACUGAGAGGCAGAAAGAUCUGGAGGAGAGUCGAGAAAACAUCCAGCAGAGAAUCCAGGACAGAGAAGAAGAUGUGAAGCUGCUCCAACAGGAGGUGGAGGCUAUCAACAGCUCUGCUGAUAAAGCUGUGGAGCACAGCCAGGAGAUCUUCAGCCAGCUGAUCCGUCUGAUGAAGAAACGCCGCUCUGAGGUGGAGCAGCAGGUCAGAUCCCAGCAGGAACGUGAAGUGAGUCGAGUCAAAGAGCUUCAGGAGAAACUGGAGCAGGAGAUCACUGAGCUGAAGAGGAAAGACGCUGAUCUGCAGAAGCUCUCACUCACAGAGGACCACAACCAGUUUCUGCACAGCUACCCCUCACUGUCAGAACCGGGUCAACCUGCAGACUCAUCCAGAAUCUACAUCCGUCCUCUGAGAUACUUUGAGGAGGUGACAGCAGCUGUGUCAGAGCUCAGAGAGAAACUCCAGGAUCUUCUGACAGAGACGUGGACAAACGUCUCACAGGCUGUGACUGAAGUGGAUGUUUUACUGUCAGAACCACCAGGACCAGCAGAACCCAAGACCAGAGCUGGUUUCUUAAGAUAUUCACAAAGAAUCACACUGGAUCCAAACACAGCACACAGACGACUGUUAUUAUCUGAUGGAAACAGAAGAGCAACAAGGACAGAGGAAGAACAGUCUUAUCCUGAUCAUCCAGACAGAUUCACUGGUUAUUAUCAGGUCCUGAGUAGAGAGAGUCUGACUGGACGUUGUUACUGGGAGGUUGACUGGAGAGGGGACGGGGUUGGUGUAGCAGUCGCAUACAAGACUAUCAGGAGAGACGGAAGAUCAUGGGAUUGUUUAUUUGGAAACAAUGACAAAUCUUGGAGUUUAGACUGUUUUACAGACAGUUAUCUAUUUUUUCACAACAAAGUCCUCACUCCUGUCUCAGGUCCUCAGUCCUCCAGAGUAGGAGUGUACCUGGAUCACAGCGCAGGUAUUCUGUCCUUCUACAGCGUCUCUGAAACCAUGACUCUCCUCCACAGAGUCCAGACCACAUUCACUCAGCCGCUACAUGCUGGACUGAUGCCCUGGUCUGAUGGAGACUCUGCUGAGUUUAUAGAAGUGAACUAA